UGAGAUUGUGUCAACAUGCCUAAAGUGCGGUUGGGGUGCAGUAAGGCCCCUCGGCCUCGAAAAUAACUGGAGAGCAAGAGAGGCGUGAACAGAACAAGGCCUUCCAAGCGUGCGCCUCCUGGGCGCGCAGAGGCGGGAACAGCGACGAGGCCCGCAAAGAACAGAGCCCAGAGCGCGGCGGGGUGGGGGGGAGGCACAAGGGGAUGGCGCGCGCGUUCUGCAGCUCCCCUGGGCACGCGGACUGCUGCCUUCCGUUAGAGGAGCGGAAGGAGAGCGCUGCGUCUACCUGAGCGCCCAGGUGAGCCCCGGAGCUGAGCAGGCGCAGUGGCGUCCUUGCUUGGAGCUCACCUGGGCGCUGCCAGCGGCUGGGACCAGCCAAUCGCAGCCAGCUCGGCGGUGACAACGGAGCUGUGUGCCCUUGGCUGCCCGCGAAGACGGGGGAAAGGGAGGGGUGAUCGCGUGCGCUCUCUCCCGCUCCCUCCCGCCCGCUGCUGCCGCCGCAGUUGCUCGGAGUGGGGCUGCCCUGUCUCGCUCUCUCCCCGGCCGUUUCCUGUUGGCACAGAUAUUAUCUUUUCUUUAGCAAACAUCUAGCUACCUCUAUGGAAAAAAAAAACAUUUUCAGAAGCACUUACAUAUGUCUACUGUCCACAAUGACUUACACAGGAAUGCUAAGACGAUUAAUAAAGAAGCAGUUUUCCGUAUUCAAACUUUGGAAGUUUACCUUCGUUAUUUUUAUCUUCUUAAUAUUUUUGGUUUUGCUACAAAGAGAAGUAGGUAUUCAGGAUUUUAAUGAAGAGCCAGGAAUGGAAAAAGAUGGAAAGAAAAGGAAUGUACUAGAUCUUAUGUUCAAAGCUGUGAACAAUAUUAAAGGUGCAAAGCCAAAAAUGCAGAUUAAAGCACCUGUUAGGCAAACUGCAAUUCCUGGAGAGAGGCACUGUUUACCAGGAUUCUAUACAGCAGCAGAACUGAAGUCUUUCCUGGAUCGACCACCUCAGGAUCCCAAUGCUCCAGGAGCUUCUGGUAAAGCCUUCAAAACUGUCAGUUUAAGUCCAGAAGAGAAAACUGAGAAAGAGCGUGGGGAUGCAAAACAUUGUUUUAAUGCUUUUGCAAGCGACAGGAUUUCUUUACAUCGCGAUCUUGGACCAGACACUCGUCCUCCGGAAUGUAUUGAACAAAAAUUUAAACGCUGCCCACAACUGCCUACUACAAGUGUUGUUAUAGUUUUUCACAAUGAAGCAUGGUCCACUCUGCUAAGAACAGUUCACAGUGUGAUGUAUACUUCCCCCGCAAUACUACUGAAAGAAAUCAUUUUGGUGGAUGAUGCCAGUGUGGAUGAAUACCUACAAGAUAAACUGGAUGAAUAUGUAAAACAAUUCCAGAUAGUUAAAGUUGUGCGACAAAAGGAAAGGAAAGGCCUCAUCACUGCCCGUUUAUUAGGUGCUUCAAUAGCAACUGGGGAGACCCUCACAUUUUUGGAUGCACACUGUGAAUGUUUUUAUGGCUGGCUGGAGCCUUUGUUGUCCAGAAUAGCUGAAAACUACACUAGUGUUGUAAGCCCUGAUAUCUCAUCUAUAGAUCUCAACACUUUUGAAUUUAACAAGCCUUCUCCAUAUGGCCAAAACCACAACAGAGGGAAUUUUGACUGGAGUUUGUCCUUUGGAUGGGAAUCUCUUCCUGACUAUGAAAACAAAAGAAGGAAAGAUGAAACGUAUCCAAUUAAGUCACCCACUUUUGCAGGUGGUCUCUUUUCAAUAUCAAAAGACUACUUUGACUAUAUUGGAAGCUAUGAUGAAGAAAUGGAAAUAUGGGGAGGAGAAAAUAUAGAAAUGUCUUUCCGAGUGUGGCAGUGUGGGGGUCAGUUAGAAAUUAUUCCUUGCUCGGUUGUUGGCCAUGUGUUUCGCAGCAAGAGCCCCCAUACCUUUCCGAAAGGGACUCAAGUGAUCACACGCAAUCAAGUUCGUCUUGCAGAAGUCUGGAUGGAUGAAUUUAAACACAUUUUUUACCGGAGAAACGCAGAAGCAGCGAAAAUUGUUAAACAAAAAGCAUAUGGUGAUCUCUCAAAAAGACUUGAAUUAAGACAACGAUUACAGUGUAAAAACUUUACAUGGUAUCUAAGCAAUGUUUUUCCUGAGGUGUAUAUACCAGAUUUGAAUCCUCCAUUAUCUGGAUUUUUAAGAAAUGUUGGAAGAAGAGCAUGUCUAGAUGCUGGAGAAAAUAAUAAUGGCGGCAAACCAUUAAUUAUGUACACUUGUCAUGGGCUUGGAGGAAACCAGUAUUUUGAAUACUCUGCACAUCACGAAAUAAGACACAACAUCCAGAAGGAAUUGUGCCUACAUGCUUCUAAAGGAGCGGCACAACUUCAUGAGUGUGGUUAUAAAGGAAAGAAGAGCAGAACCCCUGCAGAAGAGAAGUGGGAACUCCAAGAGGACCAGUUGUUGUACAAUGCAGCAUUAAAGAUGUGUCUUACGGCAAAUAGCGUACACCCAAAAAUGGUAUCGUGUAAUCCCUCGGACCUCUUCCAAAAAUGGAUUUUUGGCCAAAACAACUAAUUGAGAGAUCUUGCAUAAAUUGAAACAGUAACUUCUUCAAAAUUAUAAAGAGUUAUCUUAAAUUAUGCAGAACCAGCACACUGUAAAAUAUUUUAAAGCAUUUUUACAUCUAGCUAGCAAUAAAUCCAAAGAAUACUUCAGUUGCUUGACUGUUUAAAAAAAUGUUUACAAAAUACUGGAAAUAUUUCCAGUAAAAGUUUAAUGUAACCACUGUCUUUAAAAUGUGUUAAUUCCCCAUGGUUUGGGGACAUAAGUUUUUUAUAUAUUUACUGUAUUUGUUAAUCACUUUACAUAAACUUGUUAAUGACGGUUAGGAGGUAUGAUGUUUUUAUAGCAGUUGAAAAGUAGAGUGCCUUAUAGGUGCUCUUCAUAAUUUAAACUGUGACUUGCCUUGCCUUAAAUGGCCUUAAUCAGUCUUGUUGUAGGCAUUGACCUAGUUUAGCAUGUUUUAAGAAGUGUCUGUUGAAUAUAUCAACUCUCCUGAAAAUAUGAAAUUUUAUCAUCUCCCUUGAAUGAAAAAUAGGGCCUUGAUAUUAAGCUCUUGCUCUUUUGUUUUGUUGCCUUGUUAUACCAUUGAUUUCCUUAUACUGUCGCCUUUCUGUUGGUCUUGAAAUGCUGCCAUUGCUUAACUGUUAUUCAGUGCACUUAUCAAUGCUGAGCUUUGUAUGUUUUUGUUUUCUGCAGCAGAUCAUGAACCAGUUUUCUGUUGCUAGAAAAAAUGUUCACCACUUUUCCUGAUGUUAUGCCAAAUGUAUAUGUUGCUAGUUUAUUUGCAAGUUAUGGUAACUUAUUUUUUUGUAUUUUAUGUACAGGUUUCAAAGUUUCCAUAUUUGUAAAUUCUAUGCACUUAUUUUCUUGAAGGAUCUGUUUUCAUGUGUUAAUCAUUCAAAGCAUGAACAUCUUUAAGUCUGUGUAUUAAUAGUGUUUUUCCUCAGAAAUUUGAAUAUUUUUCAUUUAAAUACUUGUACAAUUAUGAUAUAUUUUCUACAAGGAAUUUAGAAAAAUGUCUCACUGGUUACAUAUGCUGAAAUUAAACAUUUUAAUUCCAA